AUGGAACAAGGUCAAUGUUGGGUUUGGACCAAGAGAAAGCACUCAUCUUUGAGCUCUUAUAAUGCUCUUGCUUCACCGAGUCACAACUUCACCUAUGGCGAUUCAUGGGAAGAACAAGCUUUCGCAGAAGAUGAGCGUCUUGGUGGGUGUAUUUGGCCUCCAAGAUCAUACUCUUGCAGCUUUUGCAGCAGAGAGUUCAGGUCAGCCCAAGCUCUAGGAGGCCACAUGAAUGUUCACAGAAGAGAUAGAGCUAGGCUAAAGCAACCCCCAAGUCCACAAAAACAAGAUGAAACCAGUCUUGAAUAUCAAAAUUCUCUCACAUCUACUUCUUUGGCUUAUUCCAACGCUAACCCUAAUUCUGAUCAUCAUCCCGAGGCUAAAUUAGCCCCUCCAUCUUUGAUUCAAGAGAAUUCCGCCCCACCAUAUGAUUCUUGUAUUUCAUGGUCAAACUUUGCUGAACGAAAAUUAUAUUCUCGAAAGGUCGAUCUUAUUGGAUCUGGGGAUGAGAAGAUGUCCGAGAUAGUAGGCACUGAUUGUAAUAAGGAAGAAGCUGAUAUUAUGAGCUGCAAGAGGAGAAGAAUAACAGAUGAUUCAUCAUCAAUUCCAUUCUCCUCAAAAUCAAUUCCAGUUGUUAAUCGGCACGAUCAUAUCAAGUCUCAGAUGUUCGAGUUUAUUAGUCCUAGUUCCAGUGAAGAACUAGAUCUGGAGCUAAGGCUUGGUCACAGUCCUCCCAAGGUAUAG